ACAGGGACUUCCGGAAGAGGAGGGAGAUGAUGGGAAUUCGACCCUUGGAAGUGAUGUCAAGAGCUCGACUGCUUCGAUUAAUUCGAGUAUCCUCAAAUACCGUACCAUGAACGGCCGUACUUACCAUAGCGACAGCGUAACGGAUGGAGAGUACUGGGGCCCCAACGACGACAAGCAGAAUGAAAUGCUGGAUAUUUUCCAUCAUGCGAUGACCAUUUGUCUGGAUGGCAGGCUUUAUGAUGCCCCUCUUCCAAAAAAUCCCGAGAAUGCAAUUGAUCUUGGCACAGGCACAGGGCUGUGGGCAAUCGAUUUUGCCGAUGAAUUCCCUAACUGCAACGUCAUCGGCACUGAUAUCUCGCCCAUCCAACCCAGUUAGAUACCUCCCAAUCUCCGUUUCGAGAUUAACAACUACAAUAAGGAAUUGUGACGGCCUG